AUGGCUAUCGAACUGGGGUACACAGCAGAUUACCACGUCCAUCUGCGACAGGACGAAAUUAUGAGGCUUGUCACCCCGACAGUCAGGCAAGGAGGAGUGUCAAUAGCAUACAUCAUGCCCAACCUUGUUCCGCCAAUCACGACCCUGGACCGUGUGACCGAGUACAAGCAGGAACUCGAGCAGCUAUGCGAUUCCACCACAUUUUUGAUGACAUUUUACCUGAGCAGGGACCUGACGCCCGAAAUCGUGGAGGAGGCCGCACAGAAGAAGGCCAUUCGCGGUAUCAAGUGCUAUCCGUCCGGUGUCACCACGAACUCGAACGCUGGGGUGGAUCCUAACGACUUUACGCAGUUCUACCCAAUUUUCGAGGUUAUGCAGAAACACGGACUCGUGCUCAACCUGCACGGCGAAAAGCCGUCCGUCUCAAGCGAAGAAGGCAAGGACAUCCACGUGCUGAACGCAGAACCGGAAUUUCUGCCUGCUCUGUUCAAGCUGCACAGAGACUUUCCGAAACUCAAGAUCGUUCUUGAGCACUGCACCACCAAGGCCGCCGUCGACGCAAUACACGAGAUCAACAAAGAUCUGAAGGACGGCGAGCAGCCUACCGUCGUGGCGUCCAUCACGGCACACCAUUUGUUCCUCAUCGUGGACGACUGGGCCGGCAACCCGCUCAAUUUUUGCAAGCCGGUGGCCAAGCUGCCCGAAGAUAAGAGAGCCCUGAUUUCGGCUGCCACGUCCGGCAAGCCGUACUUCAUCUUCGGAUCAGACUCUGCUCCCCACGACGUCCACAAAAAGGCAGUUCACACUGGCGUCUGUGCGGGUGUGUAUACCCAGCCGUACGCCAUUGCAUAUCUGGCCGAGGUGUUCGACACGCAAGGAAAGCUUGACAGAUUGAAGGAUUUUGUGUCGACGUUCGGAAACAGCUUCUACGAAAUGGACGAGUCCAAACUGCGCUCCAAACAAAGAUGCUGGCUAGUCGAAAAACCAAACGUGGUUGCCGACACUGUCGCGCAGGGCGGACUGACCGUGGUUCCGUUCCGUCCUGGUUCCAAGCUCAGGUACGCUGUCGAGUGGAGGUAA